AUGAAACAAGGAAAUCAAAGCACGGUGAGAGAAUUCAUCUUGAUUGGCUUUUCCAGCUUCUCAGACCUGCAGAUCCCGCUUUUCGUGGUGUUCUCCGUUAUGUACUUGGCUAUUUUGGCUGGGAAUAUCAUCAUCGUUACGACCAUAAGGCAUGAUGCCAACCUCCACAUCCCCAUGUACUUCUUCCUCGCGAUGCUUUCCAGUUCAGAAACCUGCUAUACGUUCAGCAUUAUCCCUAAUAUGCUUGCAAAUCUUCUUAAAAAAACAGCAACUAUUUCAUUAAUUGGAUGUGCUACUCAGAUGUACAUAUUCCUGGCCUUUGCAAACAUAAACUGCAUGCUUCUCACGGUGAUGGGCUAUGACCGAUAUGUGUCCAUAUGUAAACCUUUACAUUACCUGAUUCUGAUGAAUCAGAAAUUUUGCACUAAAUUGGUUGUCUUUUCAGUAACAACAGGUUUUCUUUUUUCCACAAUGGAAACAUAUUUCAUUUUUACCUUGCCAUUCUGUGGGCCGAAUAAAAUCCAUCACUUCUUUUGUGAUUUAGCACCUUUACUUCAGCUGGCCUGUGGCCAUAAUUAUAUUGGAGAAAUUGUCAUUUUUCUUAUUUGUAUUUUAAUGGUCUCUUGCUCAUUUUUUCUGAUCCUCCUGUCGUAUCUUUUAAUCUUAAACAUGAUCCUGAAAAUCCCCACCACAGAUGGGAAGCGCAAAGCCUUUUCAACUUGCGCUUCCCAUCUUAUUGUGGUGGUUGUACAUUUUGGAUGCGCUUCAAUUAUUUACCUGAGGCCCCAAUCCAGGUACACUUUGAAUGAGGACACGUUGAUCUCUGUCACAUACACACUGUUGACUCCAAUGCUGAAUCCUGUCAUUUACAGCCUGAGAAACAAAGAUGUCCAAGUAGCACUCAAGAAAUCCCUGGGCAGAAGCACAUGCCUCCAGAAGAUGUGA